CUCACGUUGCACUGUCGCUGGAGCGGUCGGUCGGUGACUCGGGCGCCAGUCAAGGUCGCAAGGGAAACGUUCAGCCCCGUCACUUUUCGGCGGCCGAGGCUCGAUGGCCCAUUCCGCAACAUUCCAGCACCACAGCAAGCCUCACUAACAACCCGCAACCCGUCACCAUGGGAGUGCAGCCUCAGCUUAACCUGCCGCGCAUGCAGGAGCAGGUGACCAAGGUCCGCACGGGCUCACCUGUCGGCAAGCACCACGUCUCGCGCUGGCACCGCCACCACGAGGCGCCCGUGCCCGUGGAGGCUCUGCCCGAGGAAGCUCAGCAGCUCAAGGAGAUGAUCCUGCGUACGCAUAAGGUGAAGCUUACGCGCUUCAGCCUGAGCCACAUGAAGAAGCGAGUUGUUCCCCCCGUCGAUAUCCCCAGGGAGAUGAACAGCCACCGCGCGCUGUCCACCACUGUCGCCGGUCGUAGCGUUCCGCUCACGCGUUGCAUGUGGGACAACACCAAGCGUAGGACGCAUCACAUGGAGCAGAUUUCCGAGUCGUACGCGCUGCACUGCACGCUCUUCCGGUGAGAGCCUCGCAGCUGGCAUUCAAUAGUACAAGCGUCCAACAGUAUGCAGCAAUAGCGAAGA